AUGGCGUUCAGUUUAAUGCAGCUAGCGGACGUCGCUGAUGAAAUUUACGACACGUUGGAUGUUCAUAUGUUUGUUACCUUUGCGCUAACGACUGAUGGAAUUAUUUACCUUUUCAUCUAUCUCAUUUUACGCAAAAGAAGAAAAGCCAUUCCGGGAAGAGACGAAACAUCUCAAAAAGGUGAAAAACAACUUAGGCGUCUGAACAGCGAGAAAGAAUUCGCCUUCACUGCGUUCCUGAUACUUCUUGCUUUGGUACUAACCCAGAUCCCCUAUCUUGUAAUGACAGUUAUUGAGGCAAAUUGCCAAAGUUGUACUGAAACCACAUGGUUUUUCGUAUGCCACGAGUUUGCAGACUUCAUUUUAUGCCUGAAUGCUAUUGCAAACCCUUAUCUAUAUGGAUGGCGAGUGAAGCAGUCGAGGGAUUCAUUAAUGGCAGUGUUCUGUAGAUCACGCUUAGAACCCGCAGAUCUGGAAAUUUCACAAAAUACAAACGAAACAAGAAAUUAA